CAAGAAGUGGUGAAUUACCCAAGCGAGUUUUUUCUCAAAGAGCGAGCGAGCCGGGAAGAGGAGGAGCGGAGAGCUCCGCGCACCCGGAGCUGCCCGGGAGGGACCCACCGGGCACCCACCGGGCACCCACCGGGGACCCACCGGGGACCGUGGGGGGCUGCGCGGUUGGCGGAGGGUGAAUGCAUCUCCGCAGCGAGAUGCAAAAAGCCUCGUCUGCUCGCCUUUGACUCGCGCUUGCCGGCUCCUCACUAGAAUGCAAACCCUCGCACAGGAUGAAAACAGGUCAUUCUUCCAGAAUGCCAGAGGAAAGUUCGCCAAAGCGGAGUCCUCAAAACAUCCCAUACAAGGACCUGCCCCAUAUCAUCAACGCUGAUGGGCAGUAUCUCUUCUGCAGGUAUUGGAAGCCAGUAACAACUCCCAGGGCCCUCGUGUUUAUCGCUCAUGGCGCUGGGGAACACUGCGGCCGCUAUGAUGACUUGGCCCAGAGGCUGACAGGACUUAACUUGUUUGUUUUUGCCCAUGACCAUGUUGGUCAUGGGCAGAGCGAGGGCGAUCGUAUGGUUGUCUCAGAUUUCCACGUCUUCGUCAGGGACAGCUUGCAGCACAUUGAUCUCAUGAAGAAAGAGCACCCCAACCUGCCCAUUCUCAUCCUGGGGCACUCCAUGGGAGGAGCCAUCUCCAUUCUGACAGCUAGUGAGAGACCCAGCGAGUUUUCAGGCAUGCUGUUAAUCUCUCCUUUAGUGGUAGCCAGCCCAGAAGUUGCCACUCCCAUCAAGGUUUUUGCAGCGAAAGUGCUCAACUUCGUUCUCCCAAACCUGUCACUGGGAUCGAUAGAUCCAAACGCAAUUUCCCGGAACAAGAAGGAGAUGGAAUCUUACACAUCUGAUCCCCUGGUCUACCAUGGUGGCAUGAAGGUCUCCUUUGUCAUCCAGCUGAUGAAUGCCAUUGCCAGAAUCGAGCGAGCUCUGCCCCAGCUGACUUUGCCCAUCCUGGUGCUACACGGCUCUUCCGACAAGCUCUGCGACAUCAAAGGGUCCUAUUUACUGAUGGACACAGUGCAGAGCCAGGACAAAACACUCAAGGUGUAUGAGGAAGCCUAUCACGCCCUCCACAAAGAGCUGCCUGAGGUCUCUACCUCUGUCUUCACAGAAAUACUAACGUGGAUUGGCCAGAAGGUCUCAGCAGCUGAGGAAACCAGCCAUACUUAAGAGCAAUUGGCUUUGCAGCUUUUACUGGGGUUUUCUGGGAAUUGAUGCUUUUCUUAAUAGCAGUCUCUCUGAAAAAGAUCUAAUGUGGAGGGACUCUUGGGAUAUUUUAUCAUGCACAGCGUAAGGGAGGGUGGGGGGAGAGGCACAGGGAGGGGCAUUAUUUGCUGAUGUAAAUGGCCAUUGCCCUGAUCUGGGGAAGGAUUGAUAGCUGAGGGAGCAGCCAUCAAAGCUUUCCAGGUCGGGUGAUUUUACUGAAAUGCCCCUCACCCACCAAACUCCCCCCAUCACUUCCCCUUCUCUGCUUUUGCUGGGGUGACAGGGGUGUAUUUAUACUGCAAUAACUUUUGGUAUGUUAAAAAAGUCAGUAUCUUCCACUUCAUGGUUUUGAUUCCAGGUGCAUAUAGUCCCUUCCCUGACCCCACCAUCCAGUACCUUAAAAGUCCUUGAGAGGAGUAACAAAGGUGCCGGGUAACAAGGAGAGGCUGAGGAUGGAGCUGGCAGCUCCCUGAAGGUAAAAGGCUGGUUUUCAAGGCUAGAUCCCUUUGGAUACUGCCUUUGUAAGCAGGCCAGGCCAGGGGAGAGCACAGAGAGAGCCUCCCCACCGCCCGCACAUCCUCUGUGAGUUUGCACUCGGGGAAAGCGUGUUGAACAGCUCUUUAAUUUUCAUCAUCAGAGCAGGAUCCCAGAGGAGAGAGGAGGAAUGUGGAAUCAAACCCACUUAGCACAUUCAAAAACCAUGCUUUUCCCAAUGCCAAACCCCAUCUCCUCUGCAAAAUUAACUAUUCUGUAAAUAUUCCUAGGGGCUGCUUUCUUUUCCUUCCUUUUUUUUUUUUUUUUUUUUUUUUUUGUUUUUCUUUUCAAAUUAAUCACUUGUGCUACUGAAACUGAAAAAGCAAAGUCAAAGUUAUAAGAGAAUAGAGUAAUAUAAUAUAUGAUGUAUAUAGAGGUGGCUGAGAGCUGGGGAAGAGAUGGGAGGAGAGUCUAAAGAAGGGGUUAAUUGUUCCCUCUCUUGGCAAGGAAUAAUGUUGUCCUACCGGGAUCCAGUCCUCUCACCAUAACUUUACAGUCAUAAUCUGUUGUUUUCCUUCAUCAGUUGGAAAAUGUCCUGAAAAUAAUGCUAGAGAGAAGCGCAGAGCAUCUGGUGGGUGGGGAUUAGCAGUGGGUGUCCUCAUGGUCCACCGGUUUAGCAGGAGACCCACAGCGUGAACAGAGAUCCCAUCCAGGCUCGUCCCAGUCUCCUCCUAAUCAGCACAGCCACCUCUGGGGCAGAUCACUGAGCAGAGGGGCUGAGCUCUCCCCUUUAGGCAACGUGGGGAGCUGAAGGCAGUUUGGGUGCAGUCAUCCAUCCAACAUCUACCUUGAUGCGCUGGGGGUGUCCCGGGGCACUGCUGGACAAGCUGCCAUGGAGGAGCUUAUGGACUGGUCCAGUGGUGCAGACGAGCCAAAUCCUAGAGCUGCUCAGGUCUCUGGUAGCAGUAGGGCUAAAGGAAAGACUUAAGACCCAGUUACGGAGUGGAGGCUUUGUAUUGAUACAGCAAAAGCAGCGCAGUGAUCCCAGCGUGGCUGUGCGGGUCAGUUUGUCCAGCCCUAAUUAUGAAUACACUUCUUGGCACUAGCCAAAGGGAGGGCUUUAACCUGCCCCCCUCCCACCAAUUUUGCAAAAAGAUGCCCGCAAAUGUUGCACUAUGAGAGAGUGGGACAUCCCCCCCCUUGACAAGCCAGCCCCCUCGUUGCCUUCCUGGCAGUGGUGGGAACCGUCGCUAUGUCUUGUGCUGGAUCCCACCAGGGACAGUCGCGGGGGGUCACCCACCUCUCCUCCCCUUGAAGCCACUUCUGGCCAGAUUCAGGAAAGGGACCUUUGUGCAAUAACAGUCAGAAUCAGGGCUCGGUCCCGUUCGGUCCCAGCAGCGUCGAUGGAUGAAGGAUGUGUGGAUGCAGGUUACGUCCGUGGAGUGGCCAUAAGGGGCCCAAGUCAGGAAAGCUCUUUUGUACGUGUUGAUCCAGGCACUUUCAUACUUGUAUUUUCUUGCCUCUAAAGGGAGGGAUGAGCUGUAGUUCUCCCAGCAACACUAGCUUUUGAUUCAUUAUUCCAGUGCAAUCAGCUGUUCCCACAAACCCCUGCUGACUCUUGCUUUGGGAAGGAGGCGAUGCACAGGUCACCUGCUUCCUAUCUUCCAGCAGCCUGGCUUGUUCCAGCUUCUUUUCCCCCGAGCGAGAUCCCUCCUCGUCAGAUGCUGCUGGGGAAAGACAGCAAGGAGAGAAACACUACAGCGGUGAUAGACCUCACCUGCUGCUUCAGCUGGAAGGGGAAUCACGUAGGCGUGAUCCAGUGGUGACAGACGUGGCGGGGGUAGUAGCAAGACGAUGAUUUAAGGAUGGGAUUUUUGAAAGCACUUUUCCCGAGGAAGUCAGGAGGAGCAAAUCAAUGCCCACAUUCUUUACAUCCCUUCCCAAACUGACAAGCACUUUGUGGGGGGGAGGAGGGAAAGUGACCCUCCAGCAGGAAGGUCAGAGCCCGGCUGCUCCCUCCAACCCGGCUUCAGGCAGAGGAAGGUCCGUGGUCAGUGCCUUUGAUAAAAUGUGUCCUUUCACCCAAAAAAACAUCUGCAGCUCAGCAGAAAUAAAAGGAAACCAAUUACAUUGAUGUGGGGAAGGCUUGUCCCUCUGUCUAGCUAAGCUCAGCAACGGCAUGUGGCCUGGGGAAGCUCUGUUUGAAAAUCAGGUUAACAAACAGAAAGUUGAAAGAACAACAACAAAAAAGCCAAAUAAGCCCCCCGAGCCCUGGCACAGCAGGGGUUAUGGCCACCCUCAGUCAGUUUUCUGAAGAAUUAUCUUCUGAGGGAAUUAACAGAAGGAAACCUACCCAAAAAGAGCCCCGAGGGCUCAGCAGCCUGCCUGGCGUCUCACACCUCCAGGUGAGGCUGUGGAGCAGGAGCUGCUGGUGUGCAGGUGGGGAGAUGGGAUGGGAUGGGAGCCGGGGUGCAGGUGGGGAGCUGGGGGUGACUCCGAGAUCCCAAUUGGCACCAGCUGUAGCUCAGCCAGCACCUCCCAGCUCCGGCUCAUCCCCUUCCCCUGCCCAUAAGCUGCUUUAUAUUGACCCAGUUCAGUUUCACCGUGCCCCAGAGGAGUUCUUCCUUCGCUGACCAGAUUAGUAACGAGCAGAGCUGCCGCCGAGGGAAAUGUAAUUAAACUCUAUUUUCAAACGGCAGGUACCACUUGCAGGGAGCACAGCCAGCCUUACGAAUGUUGCUGUGCGGAGCCGAGCAGAGACCAGUCUGCCUUUGAGACUAAGGUGGCACUCGUGACUGAGCAAUAGCAACGUGUAACUACUGUAGAUACCACCACCACCACCACCUGUAGCACUGAGAGACCCUUCCCCCACCGCAUAACCCAUCACAUUUUCUAUUUAGCCUGUUCUUUUUAUACCACUCACCUUAGCACACUGCCAGCACAAACCCAUCGAGAACACACGUACUUUUCCAAGCAAUUUCUGAGCUUGUCUCUCUUGUUCCGUUGUGUUCCAGUUCAAUAAAAUACAUUUAUAUAUAUAUACAUAUAUAAAAACAUAUAUAUAUACACAUGUAUUUUCAGUGGGAAAAACCAUAUACAAGUUUAGGAUUCUUAAAGGAAUACAAUGUAUAUUGCAACUAAUAAUAAAGUUAUGUUUUCUGAA